CCAGCCCCGCCCAGCCCUGCCCGGCCCAUGGCGUCCCCCGCGGCAGCGCUGCCCCCGGCCCGCCGCGACUUCUACUGGCUGCGCUCCUUCAUCGCCGGAGGUGUUGCAGGAUGUUGUGCCAAAACAACUACUGCACCACUGGAUCGAGUAAAGAUUUUGCUGCAGGCACAUAACCACCAUUACAAACAUCUAGGAGUGUUUUCCACGUUGUGUGCUGUCCCCAAAAAGGAAGGUUACCUUGGGCUGUACAAAGGCAACGGGGCAAUGAUGAUUAGAAUCUUUCCGUAUGGCGCUAUUCAGUUUAUGGCCUUUGACCAGUAUAAAAAGGUAAUAAAGAAACAACUUGGGAUUUCGGGGCAUGUGCAUCGAUUAAUGGCUGGAUCCAUGGCAGGUAUUACAGCAGUGAUUUGUACUUACCCUCUUGAUAUGGUUAGAGUUCGUCUGGCGUUCCAAGUCAAAGGGGAACACAGGUACAUGGGAAUUAUCCAUGCAUUCAAGAUGAUUUACACAAAGGAAGGUGGUUUUAGAGGGUUCUACAGAGGGCUGAUGCCAACUGUUGUAGGAAUGGCACCGUAUGCGGGUUUUUCAUUUUUUACCUUUGGUACCUUAAAGAGCAUUGGACUUGCUCAAGCACCUAACUUGCUUGGACGGCCUUCAUUAGAUAACCCCGAUGUCUUAGUUUUGAAAACACAUGUAAAUCUGCUGUGUGGUGGCAUAGCUGGAGCAAUAGCUCAGACGAUAUCGUAUCCCCUGGAUGUAACUCGCAGGCGAAUGCAGCUGGGAGCAGUUCUCCCAGACUCUGAGAAGUGCCUUACAAUGGUGCAGACACUGAAGUAUGUGUAUCAACAACACGGAAUUCGAAGAGGACUGUACCGUGGUUUAUCUCUAAAUUACAUUCGUUGUAUUCCUUCCCAGGCUGUGGCUUUUACCACAUAUGAACUUAUGAAACAAUUCUUGCACCUCAACUGAUUCUUUUCUUUACAAGACUUUUCUGUAAAACUACACCAUCAAAUCCUCGGAUUAUAUCGAUGAGUAAAUUACUUGAAGUUUAGAAAAAGCUCUCUGUUACUGUGGGCCUGCUCUUGUCUGGUAUCUUUAUUUGCCAAAAUGCAUUUGAUUUCUUGGAGUCGAACCAGGUGACAGAUCACAAUAAACAUUAGUUGGCUCUAAACACUUUUUUUGCACUUGAUCUUCUAGGCUUCAUUAGAUUCAUGUUAAGGACAGCUGGAAAAUUACACCCACACUUCAUAUAGAUUCCAAGCAGUUAGUUAUUGAGCUUUAUCACCAUUCCAGGACUUAUGCUGCUUUUUAAGCUGGUAAUUAGGCAUCUGUUGUUCUUCAGAAAUUAAAUGGAAUAAACGGAUUUGAACAUAGUGCAAUGAUUUUGGUAUUCAGAUACUUGCCAGGUCUGUGGAAGCUGAACUCAGCAGACCCACAGUUGAAGCCUCUUUUCUUCUUUUUCCUGUACAAGUUCUCUGUAUGCAAGAACAACGCCUAUGUCUUGAGAUUGGUACAUAGGAAAGACUCUUCAGCCAAUUCAACCAAUACAAGAUGUAUUUUGCAGUGUUAGAAACCUUGCAAUUUGGAAACCAGUUUCCUGGCAUACAUUCUAUUCUAAAAAAAAUGCUGUAUCUACACAGGUAAAUGCAGGGGUGACUUUGAGAGUGACAAGUGCUAAAAAAGAUGUCCCUAAGGCAGGUGGGAGGGACCUGAUCUUCCAAGGCUUUUCUGUACCUUUUCUGUGGAGCUGAAUGUUCUCAGUUUGUUGAAGGCUGAGUAUGUCACUGUACUUUGCAGGACUAGCUGAUGUAAACAGUUUUUUCCCUGCCUGCAGCCAGGGUGACAGACAGGACUUGCUGCAUUGACUUGCUUGGCCAUGUGGACCAUAUCCAACAGAAAGGACAAUUAAGAUUGUGCUGGAGCCUGUAGGUGUGUGUGUACUGUUUCUGAAGCAUGGUAUGCAAUAGACUAUGGCAUCUUUUCCUCCUCCUACAAUUCUUUUUGCAGAAGGAAUUAUUUUAUACAUGAUCUGCAUUGGUACUCUUGAUUUUAUUCACUUGAUUCAGGAAACUGUAAAGCAUUUACUGUCUGUAAGUUAUUUAUUUAUUGUAAAUAUUUUAGCAGUGUCUUUUAAGAAUUGGCAAUGGCUACGUUAGGUGGUGGAUGGUAAGAUUGUUAAAUUUAUCACAAUUAAGCAAAUGAAAACUGGAAUUUGAGUUACAUAUUCAAUGCCAACUUUUGUUGCUCAGUUUUUUUCCUCCAGUUUCUUAAAAGUAUGUAUUUCUUUGAUAUUUACAAUGUAGCUAUGGACAGAGAAGGAGAUGUAUCUGAAUUUAUUUUAUUAAAAUUUUUGAA